AACUUCUAAACAGCUUCACUGAGUGAGUGACUGAAGGUAAAGACCUGUGAACAUCUGAGAAGAUGAAGGUCCUUUUCCUCACCAUAGCACUAAGCCUGUUCUCUAUCCUCCAAGCUCUGGAGUCAUCCCCUUCUGAAGAACAAUUUGAGGGUACAUACAUUGUAAAGGCCAUUGUGGCAGACAGUGAAUUUCAUGGGAAGAAGAAGCCUAAGGAGAUGUCACCCUUGACAAUCACCCGUCUUAAUAAUGGUGAUCUGGAGGCCAAAUUUACCAUCAACAAGAAUGGCACGUGCAAAGAGAUUAAAAAGAUAUUAGAGAAAACAAACAAGCCUGGGCUAUUUUCCAAGGAUAAGGGCAAACGUCAGGUACUUAUAGAAAAGAUGGCUGUGAGGGAUCAUUGGAUUUUGCUCUGUGAAGGCGAGUUACUCGGCAGGCACAUAAGAAUUGCCAAACUUGUGGGUCCAGAUGGAGAGGAGAACCCACAAGCCUUUGAGGAGUAUAAGAAGUUUGUCAGCCUUAAAGGAUUUAAUGAAGCAAAAAUCAACAUACCCACACAAGCUGAAGCUUGCACCCCAGAACAUGCUUAAGGAGAAGAUGAUUCCCUUCAACCUCAGAAUCAAUGCUGUCCAGGAAUUCCCAGUCAUAUCCUUAAAUGCCAAGCUCUGCCCAGUGCCUGGCUGCUGCAUAAACCUCUCUCUUUUGCCCUUAACCUCUUUCACAAACUUUUAGUAUUUUCUUCCAAUGCAAAAUAAACAUAUAAA